GUGGAGGCAUGAAGUAUUAUAUAUAGACCUGGACUCCCCAUUGGUCUUCUCGCCAUCCAUCCCUGUCUCUCACAGCUCGUCUUCUCCCUCUUAACUGCACACGAUGGGGGCUCAGAAAUGGGUCCUCGCGCCAUGCGCGGUGCUGCUCCUCCUUCAGCUCGCCAGCGCGUCCCAUGUCAUCCACCGGAGUCUCGAGGCCGAGGCGGCGUCGCCGUCGAUUCCGCCCUCCAUUGUCAGCCCCCUGCUCAGGACGGGCUAUCACUUCCAGCCUCCCAUGAAUUGGAUCAACGAUCCUAAUGGACCGUUGUACUACAUGGGAUGGUACCAUCUGUUCUACCAAUACAACCCCAAGGGCGCCGUGUGGGGCAACAUUAUCUGGGCUCACUCGGUGUCACGCGACCUCAUCAACUGGAUCGCCCUAGAGCCGGCCAUCAAGCCAAGCAUCCCUACCGAUAUGUAUGGCGUCUGGUCCGGGUCGGCGACGAUCCUCCCGGACGGCACGCCGGCGAUGCUGUACACGGGGAUCGACCGGCCCAACAUCAACUACCAGAUACAAAACAUCGCCUUGGCGAAGAACAAGUCGGACCCGCUGCUGCGCGAGUGGGUGAAGCCGGGCUACAACCCGAUCGCCGUGCCGGAGCCCGGCAUGAACGCGACGCAGUUCAGGGACCCGACCACCGCCUGGUACAUCGACGGGCACUGGCGGAUGCUCGUCGGCGGGCUCAAGGACGGCCGGCGCGGCGUGGCGCACGUGUACAGGAGCAGGGACUUCAAGACCUGGAAGCGGGCCAAGCACCCGCUCCACUCGGCGCUCACGGGGAUGUGGGAGUGCCCGGACUUCUUCCCCGUGCACGAAGCCGGGGUGCAGAACGGGCUGGAAACAUCCCAGUUUGCUGCCAAGUACGUGCUGAAGAACAGCCUCGACCUCACCCGGUAUGACUACUACACCGUCGGGACUUAUAACAACAAGACCGACCGGUACGUGCCCGACGACGCCAACGGCGACUACCGCCGCCUCCAGUACGACUACGGCAACUUCUACGCCUCCAAGACGUUUUACGACCCGGCCAAGCAACGCCGUGUCCUCUUCGGGUGGGCCAACGAGUCCGACAGCGUGCCGCAUGACAAGGCCAAGGGCUGGGCCGGGAUCCAAGCGAUUCCGAGGAAGAUAUGGCUCGACCCCAGCGGCAAGCAGCUGGUGCAGUGGCCAGUUGAGGAGGUCGAGAAGCUCAGGGCCAAGCCUGUCAGCGUGGCUAACAAGGUCGUCAAGCCUGGCCAGAAUUUUGAGGUCACAGGCCUGCAGUCUUAUCAGUCUGACGUGGAGGUGAGCUUCGAGGUAUCUAGCCUGGAGAAAGCUGAGCCGUUUGAUCCAGCGUUCAGCAACGACGCGCAAAAGCUUUGCGGAAUGAAGGGCGCGGAUGUGAAGGGUGGGGUGGGGCCUUUUGGCCUGUGGGUGCUGGCUUCUGCCAAUCUGGCGGAGAAGACUGCAGUGUUCUUCAGAGUAUUCAAGGAUGGAUACGGCAAGCCUGUGGUCCUUAUGUGCAGUGAUCCUACCAAGUCGUCUCUUACCUCUGAUCUGUACAAACCGACUUUCGCUGGAUUUGUUGAGACUGAUAUUUCAUCUGGGAAGAUUUCUUUGAGAAGCUUGAUUGACCGGUCAGUGGUCGAGAGCUUUGGUGCUGGAGGAAAGACAUGUAUCUUAUCAAGAGUGUACCCAUCUAUGGCGAUAGGGCAAAACGCACAUCUUUACGUGUUCAAUAAUGGGGAGACAGAUAUCAAGGUAUCACACCUGACUGCAUGGGAGAUGAAGAAACCGUUGAUGAAUGGUGCCUAAGUGUAUCAAGUAAUCCAUUUUCGGGUUUCCAUUUUAAAUGACCCCUAAUGUAUAUUUGACAUCGAUUUAUUCCACAAAAUUGAUUGCUCAAUGAGGUCCCAUUUGAUUAAUCUAAGUUAUUAGAGAAUGUAUUACGGUUCUUCUGGUACGAUGAUAGUGGUAUGGGUCACUUGUUGUAUGAAUACAGCGCUGAUUUUGUACGCUGUCAAAGAUAAUAAAGAGCUUCCAAUGUUUUUUAUACUACAA